CUUUCCUAUAGGAUUUCAUGAUUUUAAAAAAAAAGACAUUAAAUACAAACUUAAGCACCAUUUCUUGCUUCUGCAAUAGAUUGUCCCAGUUGUCCAGUCGGGAAACGAAGGUUAUGUUCAUCAUGUUGUACUUUAUCAGUGCGUAGGCGAAGCACCUGAAAAACUGGAAACCUACUUGGAUCAUCAGGGCCAUGAGUGCUAUCACCCCAACAUGCCUCCCGUGUUCAGGAAAUGUAAGGGAGUCAUGGCAGCCUGGGGUAUAGGUGGUGAAACCAUGGUGCUUCCUGACCACGCUGGCAUACCUUUCGGUGGUAUGGAAAACAAGUAUUUCAUGAUCGAGGUCCAUUACGAUAAUCCAGCCUUACACAGAGAUGUAGUAGACAGCUCUGGUUUGAGGUUGUUUUACACAAAAAAACUGCGGAAGAACGAUGCUGUCACGCUUAUGGCUGGUGCAAACGUGGGUAAAACUGUCAUUAUUCCACCCGGUCAGCAAAAGUAUGUGGUAGCUGGACAUUGUGGUCAUCGUUGUUUGGAAAAGGUUGUUCCUGAGGAUGGCCUGAAAAUAUUCGCAGUUUUCCCCCAUUCCCAUCUCAUUGGAAAGGAAAUUCUUGUCAGACACUUCAGAAAUGGAUCAGAACUCGCUCCCAUCGUUGUGGACAGAAAUUAUGAUUUUAACUACCAGGAGUACCGAUAUUUACCAGAAGAGGUCACCAUUUUACCAGAAGAUCACUUAACUGUUGAAUGUGUUUACGAUUCUACCAGUCGUCAAACCACAACGUUUGGCGGGUUCAGCACAAAAGAUGAGAUGUGUCUUGCCUUCUUUUUCUACUACCCCAAGACUAACAUGUCUUUUUGUCUCAGUUCUCCGAUGAGCAAUCUUAUCGCAGGGCUUGCUGGAUAUUCAGGUGUGUUUGAAUCGCCACCCUCUGCUCAGAAUGAAGGGUUCCAUAAAUACAUUAGAGAUUAUAAAUGGCCAAAGUCUUUUAUGCCUGUCAUCCAGGGGGCGUUGCGUUAUGGACCUCAUGAACAAAUGUGUGAAAACGAAGGUACAUAUAAUGAAUACAAAACGGAGUCAACAACGUACCCGGAAGCUAAGCCUUAUAAAACCAUUAGUCCUUGCAGAAGUCCAGAUAUGAAAGCUCAUGCCAUAUCACAUCAGAAUCUAGACCCAAGUGCCCCCAAAAAAUCAACAAAUUCCAAUGGAGUGAAGAGACUAAAGGAAAGCCACGUAUAUAUUUUCACGACUUCAGUGAUUUCCGUAUUCAUUGUGCAGAAAUUAGUCUUUUAGUGUUCCAGCAUAUUUGUUAGAUUAUAAUUCCUCCUUUUAUAUGUAUUCUAGCCAUGCUAUCGAUUUCAAUACCUUAUAGAAAGUUCUGAGAAGUGGCAGACGGCAAAACCAGCCAAGCUGUUUCAAACUUUUCAAUUAACACAAUAUAUAUUGUUUGAUUAAAAUAACAAUUUUUAAAAUUCGAAAUAUUUGUAAGGUUUAAACCAACCCAAAGUACAAUGCAUAUAGAGGACAGACAGUGCCAUUCUGUGUUGCAUCAAGAAUGUAGUGUGACUCAAUAUCGUAAAUACGCGCGUUGGUGUGUGGUACAUUUCAUUCACCUCUUAUCUGGAUUGUGGUAGAAUUGAAACAAAUACAAAUAAAACUGUUUUCUGGGAGUAUUAAAAACAAUUAUAUAACACUAAAUGAAUAUCCUGAAUAGUUUUUUCCAGAGUCGUCGCUACACACUAUCACACGGGGACAGUAUCCCGAUUCUAUUUGACAGUGCCCCGAAUCCCGUUGAUUUCCUAGAAAAUUAAAAAUAGAAAGCCAUAAUCGAUAUCAUACUGAAACGCCGACACUUCCCGCGCCUAUGGGCCAGAGUCCCGAAUAUUUUAUGUAACUAGCGACACCUCUGGUUUCUUGUUUGUUUGUUUUUUACCAUUUAAAUUAUUUAAUUUCUGUCUAAAAUUAAGCUUUGCAUUGACUUCAAAAUAGUUCCGUUAACUUAGGGUUUAAAGGGCAAAGGUAUCAUAUACUGUCAUACAUCAAGUUUAAUACAUUAUAGUUCAAGCCCUUCUAAUUGUUUCGUUAAACUAUUCAUGCCUAAAACAUUGUUCUGACUCUAAAAGCACCAACCAAAAUGUUUUUGGAGUACGUGUGUCCACUAGUUUUAAAAUUAUGUUCUGCUUUCAGAGAAAAUAUUUAAAUUUCGGUGAUUCUAAAGUUUGUGAAAAUCAAGAUGUCGAAACAGCUUUGUAUACAGUAUACACCAAAAUCUUUUUCAGUUACGAAGAAGAUGCAGCCAGUUUGUCAAUUAUGUCUUCGUUAUUUAACCUUGAAACAGUAGAAUAGAAAACUGUUAAUCACAAAUUAGCAUGUGAUCCUCCAGGAAUUAUACUGUUAUCAAAACUCCUCAGAUAAGGAUUUUGGGGAAUCAUCUUUGGCAAUACACUUGAGUAACUGAAGUAAUUGGAGUGUGAAAGAAAAACAAAUAUUAGAUUUAUUAUCAUAUAAUGUUGUGAUUGUUAAAUAGAAUGAGUGAGAAUCGAAAAACUACACCAGACAUUUUAUCAAUUGCUCUGAAUGAGGUUAAGGCUAUUACAUAUUUUAGUUUAUUCUGCAAUUCGUGAUUUCAGAGUUACCCUGUGAUGUAACAUCAAAUAGAGAUGUAUG